UGCAGCACACACAAAAAAAUAAAGAUUUUCCAGACGAGGUGAGCGGCAAAUACGCCGGAUAUUAUGCACCCGAGGGAGGACUGUAUGCUUGCACCAAUGUCUUAAGAUUGCAGGUCUGUUGCUAAGGCGUCGGAGCUACCCUUAAUGUACUCCUGCUUCCUUACAUUUUGGGUGUCUGUUACAGUGAAGCAUGGAUCUCCGUUAACCCAUCCCGCUGCAGUGCAGCAGCUGCAGAACUAAUUGUCACCUAGUUGAAGUGAAACCAUUCGGAGGUUAGGUGAGACCAAUUUAGCAAGUCCCCCGAGGGUAGACUUGUUGUUUUACGCUCAGCGCCGCCGGCAGCUCUCCUCGCGGGGAUGAAAGUGGAAUUAAGGUUGUAAUCGGAGGCAGGGAGUGUUCCACCACGAGAAAUCUUGGGCUCUACAGAACUGGAAAAUUGAAUAGCUCUCCAUCUGCUCCUAUUCAUAUUUUGGGAUACAUCUAUUCCUGUCCUCCAAAAUGUGCAUCAUUUUGUGAUAAAGUACCGGCAAGUGACUCUCUCACCAAUCUCAGUCAGUACUAAUCUUUAUGGGGUGUACAAGAUUGAAUCAGCUUAGGGAAAAGCCAGGAAGAAGUGGCUGCGGAACGUUUUACUGCUGUGGUGACAGUCUCCAUUUUCACAGCUGCUCAAUGCAAGGUCACUGUAACCUUCAUCUCGAAGCAAGAGAUGAAGAUUGAAAUUGAUGGACAAAAUUUCAGUAGGCUCCCUGGAGAAGGAGGAGGCAGAAGGAAAGAAAGGAGAUGAUAGGGCCAGCUCAUCAACACUAUCCUGAAGAAUAAAGAUGGACUCUGGACUGUUUUAACACAAUGAAGGGAUAUAAUGGAAGUCGUAGCCAGUCACAGCACUCGUCAGGGCACACUUGCCACUGUAUGCCUGAGGAUUGCGACUCUUCCCAUGAUUAUUUACAUCACAGUCAAGACCCUCGGCAAACUUACAUGCUUAGUCCUUCAGAUUCCUGUUCAAUGGACCAUCACUACUGCAUGUCCAGGAGUACUAUGCCCUCUGAAUAUCCUGCGGUAUCGAUGAGCAUGACUGAGCAGAUGUCCUCCAGUAGUACAUUCCCCAGGAUGCAUCAUAACCCACAGUAUGAGUCUUGUGACGACUGCAUGGCUGCCACCCACACUUCCAGCAAGAUCAAUCGGCUACCUGCCAACCUGCUGGACCAGUUUGAGAAGCAGUUGCCUCUCCAUCACGAUGGGUUCCACACACUUCAGUACCAACGGGCAAGUUCCGCUGAGCAGCGGAGUGAGAGUCCCAGCAGGAUACGACACCUGGUGCACUCUGUUCAGAAGCUUUUUGCCAAGUCUCACUCCCUGGAAGCCCCUUCAAAGGGAAAUGUGAAUGGUACAAAGAUGGAGGGAAAAGGUGGGGAAAGCCAUCAUCACCAUCAGCAUCACCACCAGCACCACCACCAAUCUAGGUCAACGAAGAGGAGCAAAAGCAAGGAACGCAAAUCUGAAUCUAAGCACAGAGCGAAGAUCACAGGAUGGUGGAGCUCAGACGACAACCUCGACAGUGACAGCAGUUACAUGAUGGCCACUGGGGCCAGUAGGCACUCUAUGGAACAGGCCUCCCAAUACUGUACAGAACCCAUCGAAAGUGCCUGCAGAGAUCUGACCCUGAAGAGUUUAAAAAGCAGCAGUGAAGGGAAAUGUUCAGCCUGUGCAGCUAUGCCAAUGUUGACUGAUUCACAACAUAUGAAAAGAAGUAUGUGGUCCACCAUGACGGUAAACCAGGCCAGAGAGGCCUAUCCUAGCUCGGGUCUGGGCCAUGACAAACCUUUAAUGCUGCAGGACAAGGCACAGGAGAGGGCUUACCAUUAUCUUCAGGUGCCCCAGGAUGAAUGGGGUGGUGGGUAUCCGGGAGUGAACAAAGACGGUGAAAUUCCUUGUCGGAGAAUGCGCAGUGGCAGCUACAUCAAAGCAAUGGGCGAUGAUGAAAGUGGAGACUCUGAUGCAAGCCCAAAGAUGUCACCCAAAGGAGCUUCUCGGCAUGAGAACUAUCCGAAAUUGUUAGGUGCAGGAGGCAGCAGUGAGCCGAGUCGCUCAAAAUUCAACUGUAAGCACUGCUCUGAUCCAUACAUUUGCAGCCACUCCUAUCUGCAAGGACAAACUACAAUGAACUACAGUCUGGAUAAUCUGCACCGGUCUAGUCUCCGUACUCCGCCGAAGCUUCUACCCAGGAGUCAAGGUUACAAUCGACUGCUCAGUGCCAACAAUCAGAUUGGUGAGGCUGAUCAGAACAGACAGUUCGAGGUGGUGUGUGAGUCAGUCUUUGGAGAAAUGGAAUCCCAAGCUGUGGAGGCUCUCGACCUGCCUGGCUGUUUCCGAAUGCGAAGUCACAGCUAUCUGCGAGCCAUUCAAGCUGGAUGCUCACAGGAUGAUGACUGCCUGUCUGUGUUUUCUAUGUCAGCACCCAUGAUGCCUGCCACGAGUGUCGGUGCUAUUAAAUCCAGCACUUCAUUUAAUUACAAGAAAGCUCCUCCAAUUCCUCCUCGGAUGGCCACAAAGCCAAUCAUCUCAGUGACAGCCCAGAGCAGCACAGAGUCAACCCAGGAUGCAUACCUGCAGAAUGAGGUCCAUCGGUCAACCUCCUGGUCAAAAGAUCUUAAAUCCCAGUGCAAUUCAACAGAUAGUAUUGACAGUGGCAAAGCACUGCACCUGGCACUGGAGUCACGUGCCCCAAGUCGUUCUUCAAUAAAGAGCUCCGAUGGAACUGGAAUGAGUAAAGGCAUUCUGAAUCGUGAAGAACCAAAGCUACAGCCACGCCAAAGAAAGUGGCGUUCAUCUGUUGGGAUACAGGUGGAUAGUUCAGAGACUAUGACUGAUUCUGACACAGAUAGUAAAGGCCUUCGGGAGUUCCAUUCUAUUGGAGUACAGGUUGAAGAUAAUAAACGGCAUGCCAGAUUUAAGCGUUCAAACAGUGUGACAACGAGUGUUCAGGCAGACCUUGAAUUGGAGGGUAUUCCUGGCCUGUGUGUGAGCACAGAGGACAAGGGAUUUCAGUUUGGCCAAUCAUUCGAGCGGCAUUCCUCAGAGCCAGAGCAUUCCAAUGAGUACACUUCAUUCAGAACUGUUCACACACAAGGACAAUGGGCGUACAAGGAGGAUUACCGAAUGCGCUAUGAUAGUGCAGACGCCCAGCGCCAGGACCACUGGGGAGAGGCCAGUGUUCACAGCCUCCCAGAUCCUGGCAGAAUAUCUCCAUGCCACAGAGACGGUGACUGGUUUAUCAAGUUACUGCAGGCAGAAGUGGAACGAUUAGAAGGAUGGUGUCAGCAGAUGGAGAGAGAAGCUGAGGAAAAUGACCUACCUGAAGAGGUACUUGAGAAGAUUCGCAGCGCAGUAGGCAGUGCCCAGCUUCUCAUGUCACAGAAGUUCCAGCAGUUUUACCGACUAUGUCAGCAGAAUAUGGAUCCAAAUGCUUUUCCUUUGCCUACGUCCCAGGAUCUUGCAGGGUUCUGGGAUCUCUUGCAGCUGUCGGUUGAGGAUGUGACUUUGAAGUUUGAUGAACUUUUGCAGAUAAAAGCGAAUAAUUGGAAAUUGCUAGAGGCUUCAGACAGAAAGGAUGAAAUGAAGAUCCCCCCUCCUAUACCAAAGAAACCGUCGAAGGGAAGGUUACCUGCGGCGCGGGAGAAGUCAUUGGAACUUGCUGACAGACACAGGCAAGAAGCAAGAAAACGACUAAUGGCUGCCAAGCGAGCAGCUUCAUAUCGACAAAACUCUGCCACGGAAAGUGCAGAUAGCAUCGAAAUCUACAUCCCAGAAGCCCAGACGAGGCUUUGAAAUUGCACAGUGCCAUUUGGCAGGAACAUUGUCUUUAACUUCAACUUUACUUCUUAUGUACAAGGGAUGACAAAGCCAGACCAAGGGCAUAUUUGAAUCCUGCUGUCUGGUCUCAGCGGUAGCAAGCAUUAACAUUCCUCUUGUGUUCUUUUAUGUUGUCAUGGUGGACCAAUUAUAUUUUCUUCAUUUUUAAAUGAAGCUGCAGUCUAAUAUAUUUUGUGCACAAGUUCUUUAUAAUGCAUCUGAGUAAAAGAACAACAUGAAGAGAGUUCUGGUCUGACUGAAGAAGCAUGUAGCUGGAAGCAGCCCGCUGUCAUUUGUACUUAUUUUUUAACUUUUGUUUCAUUAGGAAACUGCAGUUCACCAGGACAAAAUGCUGGACCUCUGAGUCAGUGAAAGUUUCAUCCUUCAAUUUCACUGGAAUUAUCUUUCCACUCUGAUACUUACCAGUGGCUUAUUCUUGACGUGAUACAUUUUACUGAGACAUCGUGAUUGUCGCAGAAUUUGUCACUGGUCUUAGAGAGUAGUUUUUUUUUAAAAAAAAGAGAAUAAGAUUUACACAUAAAACUGUGAGAAUUCCAAAAAUCUGAAACUGCAAGGGAAAUGGUCCAGAAAGUGCUGAGUUCAGUCAGAAUUUAAAAUUAUUCGACUACCCAGCAAUUUCAAGUUGUUCAUGACAAUGACCCUUUGGUACUGGCAAUUGGGCGGCACAAUUAAGUAUCCCUUUCCUAUGGGGACGUGGAUGCAGCCCAGCUGAACAGGAUGAAACACUCCCCUCAACAUCCCCAAUCUGUCCUUCUGUACAAAAGAAUGUGGUAUUACUGACACAAAUACACAAGCAGAACAACAGAAGUGCCAAAUGUACAAAGUAUCUCCUCUGUCUCUGUCCCUGUCUCUCUCUCUCUCUCUUUCAGUAUGUCUGUCUUUCUCUAUGUCUGAAUUGGCUAUAGGAAGCCUGUGUAGAAUAAGUUUUAUAUAGCUUAAUUGGGUUUUCAAGUAAGCAGGACCCACAAUACAAAACCUUGCCCAUACCAUGGCACUCACAGCUGCUUAAGUAGAAUUCCAAGUUGGUGUGAAAAGGAAAACAUUGCUGCAGUGCGUCUGGGCAUGCCCUUCAGAGAUCACAAUUCGGGCAAGUUGUUGGAAGGAUAUAGAGGGAGGCUUGUGUCACAACUUCCUGUUUCUGUAUUUAACCCGGGGACUUAAUAAUGCUGACAGUGAAUGGAUACGAAGAAGGAAUAUAUUCACUUCUGUAACAUUGGCUAUUGCUCAUCAUGAGUGCAUAAAUCAACAAUAACUAAUGUCACUUUUGAAAAAUAUUAUCACCCCCAAAUUUGCAGGUGACACUGAACAGGACGCUGGACAGCGGCACUGAGAAUUAAAACUAAAGGAUUGUUGCUUUGUACUGUACUAAAAUUGGGAAAAGGAAGCAUACCAAAAGGCAUUGGGAAAAAUGAUUGAGUGCAAGGGCUUAAACCAUGAAAGAACUGGCCAAAGAUUCAGACUGCUGAAGGAACAAUGUAUUGAUGGGAACUGGUGGCAAGCACCCUUGCACCUAAAGAGAUUGUAAAAAUGUUUUAAGUUGUGUUUGCAUGGUAAGAUAAUUCUGACUUGCUGGGAUGCAUUAAUCAGGAAAGAUGUGUAAUAUGCAAUAUAUAAUGGCAAGAUGAAUGGACUACAUUCUAUGGGAAUGAAUGCACGGUAUUUGGUGAGCUUACAAUAACAAGUGGAUUAUGAUAUUAAACAGCAUGGUAAGCAGGUUGCAUUCAUACAUUGUAAAUUCCAAUUCUGGACGGCAAGUCAUGGGAGGGGUGGCAGCAGAGAAUUUGCAGGGGUCCUUAUCACCGAGACUGCUAUAAUUUUAAUGGGAUAAUAUUCCUACUUGGUGGUUAUCACUGGGACAAAGAUUCGUAUUGGUGAAAUUGAUUUAUAUUUAAAAAUUCAGAGAAUAGAGCAAGUCUUGUCGUAUUAGAGACCAACAUUUGAUUUUUUUCUCUUCUGAUUGCUGUUUUUGUACAUCUAAAGUUGGCACUGGCCAAUAUAUAUAGUAUAUAAAAAAUUCUGCCAAUACAGAGUCUUUGAACAUUUCUUACUUAUAUGUACAGUAGAGGUAUGCUUGACAGAUCUUAUUGCAGGUUUGUUUUCAAAUGUACCCAGUUAAAUGCCAUCAUAUCCUUGGAUUAUUUAUGCAUUAGUUGCUGACAAAGUAAGUUAAUAACUGAGUUACAAACAGCAUGUGUUGCGAAUACUUGAGUAGCAUCUGUGGAGAGCAAAACUAAAAGUUUCAGAUCAAUAACCUUUCAGCUGACCAUACCUGGAAUUUUUAUAAUUCCAUUUCUCUUUCUGAAGAUGCUACUUCAACUUAUGAAGUUUUCCAGCAUUCUCUUUUUCUUCUAGAUUUCCAAUAUUUGCAGUAUUUGACUUCAGUAGUGGUGUUUCCCCGUUUUAAAUCUGUAUGAAUAUUCCAAAUUUUGUUCAGCUCCCUACUGCCAAUUUACUGACUGCCUUGGAGCCUGGAGAAAUAUAAAAUGUGGUCUUUUUACAAAGAGGCUGGAGAAAUAUGUUGAACUACAAAUAGAAAGUGCAGAAAAUAUUCCGCAUGUCUCACUGAACUUGUGGAGAGAGAAAGAGUUGAUUUUUAUGGUCAGUGGCCUUUUAUCGGAACUGGAAUAAUAACUGGUGUUUAGUAAGUGCGAAGGCAGGGAAAGGGGAAAGAGUGGAAAGAAUAUCAGGGAAGGUCUCUCUAGGAUGGAGGCAGGCGAAAUUGAAAUGCAAUUAUCUCAAGACCAAAGUUGAUGGUAUUGGGUCAAAUAAAGAAAGAAAAGCUGGGAUGAGCAGAGUUGCAAAUAGGAAUGCCAGAACCAUCACCAGUAGUUGCCAUGAAAAUAACACAGGGCCAGUGGUUAUGAUUGGAAAUUGCUAAACGGUGUUGAGCCCGAAAGCUGUGAAGUGUCUCAUUGAAAGAUGGGGAGCUAUUCUUCCUGCUUAUGUUGCUCUUCAUUGAACAGUGUAUGCAGCUAAGAACAAUGAGAUCACAGUGGGAGUGAAGCAGAGAAUUAAAAUAACAGAUAACAAUAAACUCAUGGCCAUGCUUGCAGAUUCAAACUGGGUUUCUCAAAGUACUCAAUCUGUAUUUGAUAUCCUCAUUGCAAUAAAGCCUGCAUUAUGUGCAAUGAGUACUGGAUAUUACAUUGAAAGAAAUACAAGUAAUUUGCUGCUUCACCAGGAAGGUGUGUUCGAGGUGUUUGGAUGAUGGAUAGAGCAGAGGUAAAAGGGCAGGUGUUUCAAAUUGCAAGCAAGUACUAUUGAAAAGGGAAGAUAUGUUGUAUAUAAUUGGAGAAUGGAACAUUGGAGUGGAAGAAAUGGUCCUUAUUGAAUGCUGAGAGGGAGUGCAGGAUGAUAGUUGGUAGCAACAUUACAUUGGAGCUAGUGAAAGGUGAUCCAUUGAAGUGCGUGCUGCUGGGUUGCAAGGUGAGGACAAGGAGAACUCAUUCUUGGAUCUGAGAGGGAGGGGAAGGGACGAGGAUAUGGAACGGACAUGGUUGAGGACCGUAUUAACCUUAGUGAGCAGAACCUUUGGAUGAGGACCUAUCAGCAGUAGUAUAGAAGCUGGUAUUUUCAAAACAUAUGACAGAGAAACUUACAAACUUGUAUAGAGUCCUUAUUGAAGUCAAGUGUGAGGAAUUGCUGGAAAGGUAACUACCGGAAUAAGUUAUCUUAUGAUCAAUAUUUGGCAAUAGCCUAUCCUUGCAGAUGGAGAUAGACAAGUCAAGGAAGGGAAGGGAAGAGUCAGAGAUGACUCAUUUGAUGAUGAGUCAGACAAAAAAAUUAGAUUAAAAAAAAUUGCAUUUUGCAGCAACUUUCAUUUGGAGGAAGUGAAAACAUCCAAAUGAAAAUCUGUAAAAUGUGAACAAAAAUCUCAGCCAGCAGGAGACUGAUGAUAGGUGGUACUGAACGAAACCCCGGGAAGAAGUGGAGAAUUCUUAAAAUGCCCUUAUGGGAGAUGAAUGUUUAAAGAGUUGGGCAUCUAUGGUAAAAAGAAGAUGGUAGGGACAGUCGGUUCUGAUAUAACAUGAUAGUUCUGUUCUCGUGCGAUCUUGCUUUAUAACAAAAUCACGCAAUAGCCAUGUCAUUUAAACUAAUGGGGCCAGAAUCAUGCUAUAGUCAUUACAGGUAAGGAAAGUUCGUGUUCAACAAAUAAUGAUCGAAAUUCUUCAAUCACGUUAAAGAAACAUGUGUUAUCGCAAAACCGACUGUACUUUGAGAGUAGAAAUUGUGAAAGAGCCCCAGGGCAUGGGGAGGAGUUGCAGAUAUUGGACAAGAGGAGAUCAAAUAAAAUCAAGGAAGUAAGAAGUCAGUUCAAUGAGGGAAUGAAUAGGCCGAUACAAUGACCAUUACAGCAAUCCUAUUAGUGAAACGUUUAGAAGCAGACUCUUCCUUGGGAAUCUAUAAGCUUGGAGGCAGUGGAGAGGUGUUAAAAUCAAUUGGAAAAGAAGACUUGAGUUUGGAAGAAGGUAGGAGAGGUAUCAGACAGUUGACAUUCAGCCUCUGUUAAAUAGAAGCCAGUAGGCCAAGUACCUGUGCCACAUUUGUCAGCAAGUGGGAUGGUGAUACUAGGAACGAACCUGAGAGAGUAGAGUGCUGUGAGUUGUAGCUUAGAGAGAAGGAGGGGGAGCAUAAAAGUUGAGAUGUGCUCAAAACAUCAGUUCUUAAUCUCACUAGACUUGUGAGGCCUGAAUGAGGGAUCCAAUUAGAAUGAAGUAUCUGAAGAUAGGAGAAAAGGUACUUUGGAUGUGGAGAAGAUUCCUGGCCAUCUAAGUAAGCACAGAGGCAAAGAUGGUGGACGAAGACCUCAAGUGUUGCGCCACAUUCAAAUAGCAGUGUGAUAGAAUCAUAAUUGGAUUAAGCUCUGGACUGAUUGUUUGAUGACAACAGAAGGCAACUUCAGACUGGGUGGUGAAAUUUCAAAACAGAUGCAAUUGGAAAAAGCAAUCAGAGGGACAUUAGCAUGAGAUGUUAAAACAUUGAUCUUUAUACCAGAAUGAAAGAACAUAGUACUUUUAGUUAAAACACCAGAUGAAAAGUAUAAACAUUGAUCUGUGAACCAGAAUGCCUCUAAGUAGAGUGAGUUGGUAUUGAUAGAGAAUUGUGGGCAUGCAUGGGAUGGUGCAUGGAAUUGAGCAUUGCCCUCAGGAGGCAGCAAGAGCAAUGGUGGGAAUUAGAUUAGAUUAGAUUACUUACAGUGUGGAAACAGACCCUUCAGCCCAACACUGACCCGCCGAAGCGCAA